UGUAAUGUGUAAUUUAGGGCACCAGUGGGGGCGGAAGAUUCACUGCACGUCUGUCCUGCCUGUGGUCCAAGAAGACACGUUAUUAUGCUCUUUCUUCUCGUGUGUUACUCACAACGUUACUCAUAACAAAAAUGUGUCAUUGUGAUAAAAGUUCAGUGCGGUUGUAGCUAAGAAACCACUGCGAGAUGCCGAGAUACGGAGACCUGAGGUUAGCCGUGAAUGUAGCACAGGCUAGCUGAUGCUAACUGUGCUAGCCGGUUUUCAUGAGAGGAAAGAUGUUUAAUCCGCAAAAGAAAGGUGGAUUACAAAGGUGGAGUACGUGAAUCCAGUGAGAAUGGUGACAGACAGUGACCUGCAGACUCAGCAGACAUCACAAAGCCAUGAGAAAGGAGGGCAGGCCCGAGUGUUCGGGCACACCUUUGUUUGAGGACCUGGACUUUCCGUGCACGGACGCAUCCCUGUUCUUUGACAGCUCCACACCCAUCGCUAGGCUGCAAGGAGAACUCAUCUGGAGACGCCCACAGGAGAUCUGCCCAUCGCCAACUCUCUUCCCGACAAACAUCAGCCUGGCUCAUGCAAAACAAGGUCUGUUAGGAGACUGCUGGUUUCUCUGUGCGUGCAGCUUCCUGCUAAAGAACCAACAGCUUUUAAACAAGGUAUUGCCCCCAGACCAGCCUCAGUGGGGUAACGGCAGAUACAGAGGGUCCUUUCAGUUUCGCUUCUGGCAGCAGGGCGACUGGACUGAAGUAACCAUUGAUGAUCGACUGCCGUGCAUCGGCUCUGCCCUCUGUUUCUCCCGCUGCCACUCCCCCUCUGCCUUUUGGGUUGCCCUGCUGGAGAAGGCCUACGCAAAGCUUCACGGUUCAUACGAGCAUCUGUGGGCGGGGCAGGUGGCAGAGGCUCUGGUGGAUUUGACUGGAGGUGUCGCUGAGCGCUGGAGCCUGGGAGACAUUGGGUCGGAGGAGGAACGGCGAACAGAGCAGGACAGUGAUCAAGUCGGGAGGAAAAAGCUGGACCUGAGCCUGCUGUCCCAUGUGAAGAAUGACUGUGCUCUGAGCUGCUCCACCCACACCAGCCCUGGAGAACUUGGUGAGGUGGGUCAGUACCAUGCCCUGAUUGUGAUGGAGUGGGAGGAUGUGAAGAAGGUGUCGGGAAGUGAAGUACGCCUGCUUCGGAUCAGAAAUCCAUGGGGACGAUGCUGCUGGGGAGGUGCUUGGACUCAGAGUGGUGCCGGUUGGAGUUCUCUCGACCCAGAUUAUGCUGCGCAUUUGAAGUCCAGGUUAGCCGAGGGUGAAUUCUGGUUAGAUGAGACUGAGUUCAUGUCUCAGUUUGAUGACAUCACAGUGGGGUACCCCAUAACUGAGGAGGGACAUUUAAAGAGCCUAUGCACAGGAAAUCUUCUGUCACACCAGCAUCACCUGGCCAGUCGAUGGAUCAAAGGGUUCUCGGCUGGCGGCAGCCGAAACUCCAGCAGCUACAGCAGUAAUCCAAAGUUUUGGCUUAAAGUGUGUGAGAGAGGAGAGGUGUUGAUAUCCUUGCUGCAGUAUCGAAAAUGGAGAAACUCAACAAAAUACGCACAAACGCUACAAGAGGACAGCAAGAACAUGAAGCACCAGCACUACCGAGCUAUUGCUUUGCACAUGUGGAAGGUGGAAAAGAAGCAUUUUAGCCUGAACCGGAUGUUGAACAAAGUACCUUGUGCUUCUACUCACUGCCAUGCCUAUGAGAGGGAGGUCAUCCUCUACAGGCAGCUGGAUCCUGGAUACUACCUUCUUAUUCCCAGCACUUACCAGCCUGGAGCUGAGACCCGCUUCCUUAUCCGGGUCUUUUCCACCUCCUCUACGUCCCUCAGUGCCCUGAAAAACCCAGCACCCUCACUGCCACCGACAGCAGAUGGCGAGUGGGAGACCACUUACUUCCGUGGCUCCUGGGUGGAGGGAAAGACAGCAGGAGGAAGUAGGAAUUUCCUGUCCUACGGGCAGAACCCAUGCUUCUUUUUUACAGUGUGCAACGAACCAGCAGUGACAUCUGGAGUUAAUGUGAAGGUUACCCUGCACCAGAUUCGCCCUGACACCGAUCUACACCCAAUAGGUUUUCAUGUUUUUAAGGUUCCCAGAGGGAAGUCUGAGCAGACCAUUAUCAGAGAUCAGGAUCCCGUGGCCAGUUGCGUCCCCCAUUGUUACACGCAGGACGUCAGUCUGGCCUGCACUCUUCCUCCUGGAUGCUACACCGUGGUGCCGUCCACUUAUCAACCAGACUGCUCAUCGAGCUUCACCCUCAGCCUGGCUCGCAGAAUACACAGAAAAGUGGUGCAAAGCCAGGAACGUCUUGGAAAGGUCAUUCAGGAGGUUUCUCACAUCUCUGUCAUGAAGAACUAGUUCUCCAGGACCGUUGCUGUUGGGCAGACGUCAGCUCAUCGCCACUCCACGUCUCCUGGCCAACAAUGAAACAACCGGUUCCACCAUCAGCGCUCGGCACAGAAGGCAUGACUGUGUUUGUAUAUAUGUACCAUGAGCGGUUGACGAGGCAAGGGGACGAGCUGCCGAGGCUGUUGGUUUCUGCGCAGCUACACAGUCAGCGCUGAUUAGAACAUCAGAGGUUUUCUGUGGGCUGAGCUGCUAAUGAAGUAUGACAGGACCGACUGGUGUAAACAAACAGCGGCCACUGAAGAAUACCGCCACUGCUCUUUCUCAUUCACUCACUGGUGCGACUGCCGGCCCAGAACAAAGAGUCCUCUCAUGAAGGUCCUCACAGAAACACAGGGAGCAAGGGGUGAGGGUAUGGUCUGCAACUGCGGAGCCAACCAAACCACGCCAUGCCAUACCAUCCUAGAGCAUCCUGUUCACCACCACACCAUCCCCCCACCCACACAUACAUAAUGCGUCUUAUGAAGUUUGCAGUGUUGUUUCUAGACACAAGCCGGUAUUUUGGUUAUUUACCCACAAAUCGGCUCGCAUCUAUAACAAAAACUGAUCCAACUUGCAUCAAUAGAAGUCCACUUUGUUCCCAUCUCACCCUCCACCUCCUCUGUGGUCCCCCAGACUUUGUCCAGAGCUCUGCUUGGACCUGAACAGAGCCACGGUUUGAAGUCGCCGCAAGAACAGAGGGCAAGCGAAGGGAUGAAACAAGUACUGCGGCACAUCAGAGGAUGUGAGUUCAAACAAAGAGGCCGUCGGUUCUCUGUGUUGCGGCUGCACAUGUGCUGUUGUGUGUAUGUGGGUGUCUGCUCGUAGCCGUCCAUAUCCGUGAGCUGAAGUCACCAGGUUCCUAGUCACUCAAGCCGGGAGGAGCAGAUUUUGACAAAGCUGUAAAAAAGUGAUCCGAGUGGUACUUUUUCUUAUUUAUUAUGCUUGAAAAUAUCAACAUGUGGUGAAUAAAAUGUUCAAACGUAA